CUUUUUUUUUUAUCUCUCUACAAAAUCUCUCCGGUUUAACCCUUGAACCGGUCUCUGUUUUUUUUGUCCCCUAAAGCUUUGAUUUUGAUGCAAUGGGUUGGUUUCUUAUGAGUUUAUGUACAAUGGGAGAAAAGUAAAACAUUCAAAGGUACACAAUAUGGUGAGCUUACGGAGGCGUAGGCUAUUGGGUCUCUGUUGUGGACCAAAUGGUUAUGUGACACCGCUUCCUUUUUUAACUGCCGAGGAGAUGAUCACUGGGAUUCCAAAUCCUAAUGCCAAAGCACCCUAUAGUCUCGGACCAGCAGAAACGGUUACCGAGCCUAAAGAGGAGAAAAUGCCUAUUGAAGAAGCUGGUCGAAGAACUCGGUCGAAACAUAUGCAUUUCAGUUUUGAUUACUCAGAUAUGUCACCGGUUGAUUCUGAUUCCAUCUCACCAAAAUGUGAGCAGUAUAUAUGUGUUCCAGACCAGCCGCUGAAACGAAGAAAGCGGCAUAAAAGAAAACAAGUACAUAACCAAGAACCAUGUUUAAUGAGAGGAGUCUACUACAAGAACAUGAAAUGGCAAGCCGCCAUUAAAGUCGAGAAGAGACAGAUCCACUUGGGUACAUUCUCUUCUCAAGAAGAGGCUGCUCGUUUAUACGAUAGGGCUGCUUUCAUGUGUGGAAGGGAACCAAACUUUGUGCUAUCGGAAGAAGAUAAACGAGAACUCAAACAGCAAAGCUGGGAAGAGUUCUUGGCUUACACACGCCGAACAAUUACUAACAAAAAACCAAAGAGAAGGAUAGAACAUGAGGAUAAGGAGAUCAAUGUAAGCAUGUUACGUUGUCCUCCUGAAGAAGAAGAAGAAGACGAACAAGAAUAACACGAUUCAACAUUUGUAAACAAAAUGAGUCUGUUCCUGCAGAUGAUACAAACCAGACUCAAAUACACAGAGAAAAAUGUUGAAUACAAGAAGCUCAACAGCUAUAUUAAAGUUGAUAGAAAUUUUUGUAGUUAUA